AUGUCCACACGGUUUGCGGGAGACGUUUUUAGCGAGACCGAGACGACCAAGGCCGAGGCGACCGACCUCGACCAACGGCGGUUAAAAUCACCCAGACCUAGAGUCGAACCCAGCGAAGCGCCCUACUUUUCUCUUUCCCGCCCAUUACCCGGCCACUUUGAUCGCUCGCCCAUCGUUGUGUAUACACGCGACGCGAGCGAGGCUGACGAUCUCGUCGGUUGCCUUCGCGGCCCCCUCGGCUUUGAUCUCGAGUGGCCUCCCCCUGGCAUCGGACCGGUGCUGACGCGCCGCAACAAGGACGGGAGUGUCAAGCACUACCGUGCCGGCAAGUGGGACCCGCUCGCGAGGAGGAUGGUGUGGCCGCAGGGUCGCACUGCAGUAAUCCAGAUAGCGGACGAGCGCACUAUCGUGGUGUAUCAUCUGCCGAUCAACGGCGUCCUGGGGCCCGGAAUCAAAGCGCUGCUAAACGACCCGACGCGCCUUAAGCUCGGAGUCAACAUCACUAUGGACGCCCGCAAGUUACACCGGGACGAGCUAAUUGAGAACACGGCCGGGUUGCUCGAUCUGUCGCACAUCGCGCACCUGGUCGACCCAGAUGUCUGGACGCGCUCCGCGCGGUUGAUUGCUCUCGCGCGGCUCACGCAUCACUACCUCGGCGUGCCGUUGGAUAAGAGCGAAGGCAUCCGCGAGGGCGCGUGGAGCAAUGAUCUCAGCGCCGAGCAAGUGGAAUACGCAGCCAACGAUGCCUUCGUUGGCGUGCUGCUUUACAAAGCGAUGGUUCGGCGCGCGGCUGAGCGUGGGCUCAGCAGUCAGCUCGCAAAGCUGGAGGGGCAGAUCACAAUCCCUCAGUUCCCCUCGCCGUCAUUACAGCUGGCUGAGCACACAAAGGGUCACCCAGCCGUCGUGGCGGCUACACAAGCUGGCGCCAAGCCGAGACACACACAGGCACUCAGUCUCUUCAUUGCCGGCGGGAGUGUAAGCGAACUUGCGACAUCACUCAACCUCUCUACCCGCACGGUGCAGGGCUACGUCGCAGAAGCGGCGUUGCUCAUCCCUCCUGACCAAUACGAGGGUUAUGGCGAGCUGGCCGUGCGUCUGUGCGAAGCGUUUCCCAUGGACUCGUACCCCGCCGUCCGGCAUGUCGAGUUCUUCUCCAAGCUCCGCCGCGUCGCAAACGCCUUCGACCAUGAAGAGCGCGUCCCGGUGCAUGAGGUGCACGAGUACGAGUGGGGGCCUGACUACUAG